GCUGGGGCGGUGCGGCCCGGGAGGGGGAGCCUAAGGUUCCGACGUUGCCACCUCCGAGGGAAGAGCGUCCCGGCGGAAUCCCGACGACAACCCGCUCGGUGCCGCGUCCCCUCUCGGCCCCGACAGGCCCGGGCCCGAGGAGUCCCAGCCCGCCCGGCGCCGCACAGCCCGGCCCGUGGGGCCUCGGCCGGGAAGCAGGCAGGAUCAAGCCAGCAGCAUGGCGCAGUGGAACCAGCUGCAGCAGCUGGACACGCGCUACCUGGAGCAGCUGCACCAGCUAUACAGUGACAGCUUCCCCAUGGAGCUGCGGCAGUUCCUGGCACCCUGGAUCGAGAGCCAGGACUGGGCGUAUGCAGCCAGCAAGGAGUCCCACGCCACGCUGGUGUUCCACAACCUCCUGGGCGAGAUUGACCAGCAGUACAGCCGCUUCCUCCAGGAAUCCAAUGUUCUCUACCAGCACAACCUGCGCCGCAUCAAGCAGUUCCUGCAGAGCAGGUACCUGGAGAAGCCCAUGGAGAUUGCACGCAUCGUGGCCCGGUGCCUGUGGGAAGAGUCCCGCCUCCUGCAGACGGCGGCCACCGCUGCCCAGCAGGGAGGCCAGGCCAACCACCCAACAGCGGCCGUGGUGACAGAGAAGCAGCAGAUGCUGGAGCAGCACCUGCAGGAUGUGCGCAAGCGUGUGCAGGACCUGGAGCAGAAGAUGAAGGUGGUAGAGAAUCUGCAGGACGAUUUUGACUUCAACUACAAAACCCUCAAGAGCCAGGGAGACAUGCAGGACCUGAAUGGGAACAGCCAGGCCGCCACGCGGCAGAAGAUGCAGCAGCUGGAGCAGAUGCUGACAGCGCUUGACCAGAUGCGCAGGAGCAUCGUGAGUGAGCUGGCAGGGCUGCUGUCGGCCAUGGAGUACGUGCAGAAGACGCUCACGGACGAGGAGCUGGCCGAUUGGAAACGGCGGCAACAGAUCGCGUGCAUCGGGGGUCCCCCCAACAUCUGCCUGGACCGCCUUGAGAACUGGAUCACCUCACUGGCUGAGUCACAGCUACAGACGCGCCAGCAGAUCAAGAAGCUGGAGGAGUUGCAGCAGAAGGUGUCCUAUAAGGGCGACCCCAUCGUGCAGCACCGGCCCAUGCUGGAGGAGCGCAUCGUGGAGCUGUUCCGGAACCUGAUGAAGAGUGCCUUUGUGGUGGAACGGCAGCCCUGCAUGCCCAUGCACCCUGACCGGCCCCUGGUCAUCAAGACUGGCGUCCAGUUCACCACAAAAGUCAGGCUGCUGGUCAAGUUCCCGGAGCUGAACUACCAGCUGAAAAUCAAAGUGUGCAUAGACAAGGACUCGGGGGACGUGGCAGCUCUGCGCGGCUCCCGCAAGUUCAACAUCCUGGGCACCAACACGAAGGUGAUGAACAUGGAGGAGUCGAACAACGGCAGCCUCUCGGCUGAGUUCAAACACCUGACGCUCAGGGAGCAGCGUUGUGGGAACGGCGGCCGAGCCAACUGUGAUGCCUCCUUAAUCGUGACCGAGGAGUUGCAUCUGAUCACCUUCGAGACUGAGGUUUACCACCAGGGCCUCAAGAUCGACCUGGAGACUCACUCCCUGCCUGUCGUGGUGAUCUCCAACAUCUGCCAGAUGCCCAACGCCUGGGCGUCCAUCCUGUGGUACAACAUGCUGACCAACAACCCCAAGAAUGUGAACUUCUUCACCAAGCCCCCGAUCGGAACCUGGGACCAGGUGGCCGAGGUGCUGAGCUGGCAGUUCUCCUCCACCACCAAGCGCGGCCUGAGCAUCGAGCAGCUCACCACACUGGCUGAGAAGCUGCUAGGGCCCGGCGUGAACUACUCAGGCUGUCAGAUCACGUGGGCCAAGUUCUGCAAGGAGAACAUGGCCGGCAAGGGCUUCUCCUUCUGGGUGUGGCUGGACAACAUCAUCGAUCUGGUGAAGAAGUACAUCCUGGCACUGUGGAACGAGGGCUACAUCAUGGGCUUCAUUAGCAAGGAGCGCGAGCGUGCCAUCCUCAGCACCAAGCCACCCGGCACCUUCCUGCUGCGCUUCAGCGAGAGCAGCAAGGAGGGCGGCGUCACCUUCACCUGGGUGGAGAAGGACAUCAGCGGCAAAACCCAGAUCCAGUCAGUGGAGCCGUACACCAAGCAGCAGCUGAACAACAUGUCCUUCGCGGAGAUCAUCAUGGGCUACAAGAUCAUGGAUGCCACCAACAUCCUGGUGUCCCCCCUGGUCUACCUGUACCCCGACAUCCCCAAGGAGGAGGCCUUUGGGAAGUACUGCCGGCCCGAAAGCCAGGAGCACCAGGAGGCUGACCCGGGUAGUGCGGCCCCGUACCUGAAGACCAAAUUCAUCUGCGUGACCCCAACGACCUGCAGCAAUACCAUUGACCUGCCGAUGUCCCCUCGCACUCUAGAUUCCUUGAUGCAGUUUGGAAAUAACGGGGAAGGUGCUGAGCCCUCGGCAGGAGGGCAGUUUGAGUCCCUCACAUUCGACAUGGACCUGACCUCAGAGUGCGCUACCUCGCCCAUGUGAGGGGCGGCAGGGAGUGGGAGCCGCAGCUGCAGGGCCAGGCGCCCCGCCUCCUACCUGAGCAGCCAAGCCCCAGAGCAUCUCCCAGCUUGUGGUUCCAGAUUUUUUUAAUCUCCUACUUCUGCUAUCUCCGAGCAUCUGGCACUUUCCGAAACAGACACAGAGACGCAAGUGGUGUGGGUGACAGGUUGCGUUAUCUCUGAGGCUGUGGCGGAGGACACGGGUAGGGUGGCCACGCAGGUGAAACGGAAGUGUCCAGGUCCCUCUGUCCCCCCGGGUUUGUCCUCAGCCAAGUGCCUCCGGGUGCCUGCUUGUGUCCCAAGUUGGCACCAUGGUUGCCUGCAGCUGCACUCAGCCUUGCCCACAAUCCUGCCAUCGUGUGGACAGGAGCUGUGGUGUUUGGGUCCCUGGUCCCUUUGUGAGUGAACAGCAGCUGAGGGCAGGGAAAGGGACUCUCUCCCCGUGGCAGAAGACUCGGACUCCCCAGAGGCCACCUGCCUUGGGACCUGCCCCUGGGUACCCCACAGCUGAGCAGGGUGUAGCCUUGAGUUUCAAGCUGGGGCCACUGGAGAGGGGCCGUCUGUCCUGGGCCCUACACAGCCAACUUUCCCUGCAGCUUCUCCCCGAUUCUGCCUCCCGGAGCCAACUCUGCCACCACAGCAUGGCUUCUGGUGAUGUCCGGCCAUCUGAUGGCUGUGUCCUCUAGGAGGCCAGAGGACAUGACAGCGGGGCUCGGCCCAGGCUGUGGAGGCGUGGCAGGCACUUCCUCUCCUGCCAGUGCAGGGCAGUGGCCGCCUAAGGAGCCCAGGGCCCAGGGAACCCCAGCCAGUUUGGGGGCCAGGUGCACCCAUCCUGCGGUGGGUGAGGAGUGCUGAGGGAGGCGGCCGGCCCAGGCCCCUGGCUGCCGGUUUCUGGGCCAAAGACCGAGUAGGCAACCCCAGGAGCUGAAGCGGGAACCAGAGGGGCCCAAGUUGGGCACCAGGUGCAGCUACCGUGCAGCAAGGACCCCGAGCCCCACCGUGGGUUGUGAGCGGUGCCUUCCCGGCCGCUGUGCAUCUCCACUCGGCCUGUGAGCUGUUGCCCUGGCCGCAUUGAUUCCAAUGUAUACUUCCUUGUGUACAAAUUUAUAUUAUUGUGGGUUUUUUUUUUUGUAUAUUGCUGUAUCUACUUUAAUUUCCAGAAAUAAAAGUUUACGGAACCAUCCAA